UCAUCUUGAUAAUCUGGUAAACAUUUGUUUGAUAGCAUGAUGGCAUAUUUUUCUGCCUGUCGGAACUAUCAUAAUUACGAUGUGACUACAUGAACGCCACCACAUUAGAGAGUAAACGGCUCGUUGCAGAAGAAGAACCAACAGAACCAACUUAUACUUUCAGAAGUUGGGCCAGGAUUUUGGCUUAUUAAACCGAACUGAAUAGCAGUGUCAGAUAAGGACGUACUUCUGUACCAAGGUCGAAAAAAAUGUUACUGAGUGAGGUGCAAACAUUCCUACUAACACCAGAAAGUUUUAAAAAGGAGAAGGAAAGAGGACAUGGCUGAAUCUUUAUCAUCACAACUAAGACAACGCAGAAAGAACAGCAUGCAUACACCUACUGACUAAACAUGGUUAAGAAGAAACCACUGUGCUCUGAUGGGAUGGUGUCUUGUACUAGAGAUGUAUCUUUUUUAUAAUCCCACUCCUGCCUGCUCCUGAAGGAAUCCUUCCUGCUCCGUUUGGCCAAACCUAACCUCUCUUGUAGUUAUUUAUCUUUGUACAUGCCCAUGAUGUUUCCUAAUGAACUUAGUUGGUUCUGUUUCUCACAAUAUAAGUAAAUAGUAAUUUAAACCAUAGGGACUCUGACCAGGAUAAAGAUACUAGAUAGUGAAAAUGAAUGAAUGAACACGGUAAAUGAGUCACGCAGUUCUGCACAAGAACCCACCAUGUCCAGUGCGUUUCUAUGUUAAAGACAUGGUCAUUCUUACAAGGUUCAAAUCUGACCUCCUGCUUCCACCUGCAGAAACGUAAAAUCUGCCUGCUCCAGUGACUUUGUGUUGGGCCUCACAGGAUCCCAGUCCUGAUGCACACUUCUAAUACACACCUCAUAUUUUGUACAUGAGACUUUUGUCAAACAAAUAUGAUCAAGGUCCAAUUUUCCAUAACCUUUAAAACACAUUUGAGCUCCAACACUUUGUGUGAAUGAUGUGUGACUAGGAGGAAAAAGUUGCAGGUGAAUCCAGCAGCCUCCUGACUGAAGAGCAGUUACAGUGUCCUAUCUGUAUGGAAGUGUUCACUGAUCCCGUCACCACUCCAUGUGGACACAGCUUCUGCAACAGCUGCCUCACACAAAGCUGGGAUAUGCGUAAACAUUAUUAUUGUCCAUAUUGCAAAGAGAAAUUCACCAAGAGACCAGAAAUCAAGAUUAAUAUAACACUGAGAGAGGUUGCAGAUCACUUCAAGAAGAAAACAGUCUCAGAUAAGUCUCAGAUUCUUUGUGACUUCUGCACUGGUGUGAAGCAGGAGGCCUUGAAAUCCUGUCUGGAUUGUUGUGUGACUCUCUGUUCAUCUCAUUUAGAGCCUCAUAAUAAUGUUCCAAAAUAUAAGAAACACAAAGUAAUAAAUGCAGUGGAGAACGUGGAUGAAUACAUAUACCAGGAGCAUGAGAAACCUCUGGAGAUGUUCUGUAGAGAUGAUCAGAAGUGUGUGUGUCGGUUCUGUACUGUGACAGACCACAAGAAUCACAAGGUUCCAUUAGAGGAGGAGAGUGGAGAUAGGAAGCCGGGGAAAACACCGACAGAGCUGCAGCAGAUAAUCCAGGAGCGACUGAAGAAGAUCCAGGAGAUUAAUCACUCAGUAGAGCUCAGCAAAAGAAACACAGAGAAAGAGAAAUCAGACAGUAUUGAAGUCUUCACCGCUCUCAUUCGCUCCAUUGAGAGGAGUCAGGCUGAGCUGCUGGGGGUGAUGGAGAGGAAGCAGAAAGCAGCAGAGAAGCAGGCUGAAGGACUCAUUAAAGAGCUGGAACAGGAAAUCGAUGAGCUAAAGAGGAGAGACACUGAGCUGGAGCAGCUCUCACACACUGACGAUCAUCUCCACCUCCUACAGAUUUAUCCGUCACUGUGCAUCGCUCCACACACCAAGAACUGGACUGAGAUCAGGAUUAAAACUGAACCGAGUGUGGAAGCUCUGAGGACGGCUCUGUCUCAGCUUCAGAAGACUCUGAAUGAGAAACUCAGUGUAACUCUGAAUAAGAAGCUGAAGGAAAAAGUCUCCACAGAACUGAAGAGGAUUCAGCAGUAUGCAGUGGAUGUGACUCUGGAUCCUGAUACAGCUAAUCUCUUUCUCAUCCUGUCUGAUUUUGGAAAACAAGUGACGUGUGGAGACACAAAGCAGAAUCUCCCAGACACCCCGAAAAGAUUCACUUAUGAUCCAGUUGUCCUGGGAAAUCAGGGUUUCACCUUAGGGAGGUUUUACUAUGAGGUGCAGGUCAGCGGGAAGACUGUGUGGGAUUUAGGAGUGGUCAGAGAGUCUGUUAACAGGAAGGGGAAAAUUGCACUUAAACCUCAGGAUGGAUUCUGGGCUGUGGCUCUGAGGAAGGGGAAUGAGUAUACUGCUUGUGAUGAUCCCUGUAUCUCCCUCUCCCUGAGAGAGAAACCCCAGAAGGUGGGCGUGUUUGUGGAUUAUGAUGAGGGUCUGGUCUCCUUUUAUGACAUUGAGGCCAGGUCUCAUAUCUACUCUUUCACUGGUCAGUCUUUCACUGAGAAACUCUAUCCAUACUUCAGUCCUUGUCCAAAUGAUGGCGGUAAAAACUCAGCACCACUGAUCAUCUCUCGUCUGUAAAAUUUACCCCUCACAAAAUCAGUAGUGUAUGAAAGAUAUUUGAAAGAUAGAGUGAAAGAAAGGCAGAGUGAAAGAUAUUUUUUUUCAAAACAGAUAUCACUACACAGUAAUGAUCAUGAAUUUUAAUAUAAUUUUAGGGUUAUCUGGAGUGUAUUGUGCAUGUCUAUUAAAAACAGUACAAUGUAUAAUAAACCUUGAAUUCACCUU